AAAGAAGUUUUCAAUGUUUUUGUAUUAUUUAUAAUUAUUUUCACACUAAAAAUGACUGAACCAGAAGAAUAUAAAUGUGUGAACUGUGGCGAAGCAGCGGCGGCAUUGUACAGGACGUACGGCCCGUCAGUUUUGAAGCUCACGAAAUGUGAGAAAUGUAAAGGUAUUGUUGACAAAUAUAUAGAAUAUGAUCCAGUUAUAGUGAUGAUUGAUUUAGUACUGAUGUCCAAAGAAGCACAGAGACAUACACUGUACAAUACAGAAUUUAAGGCAUUCUGGAAGUUAGCUAUUGUACUGGUAAUGGUGGAAGCAUAUGGUGUGUGGAGGAGUGACAGUUUAUUUAACAUCGGAGUUAAUUCUAUUUGUGGCAUUGAAAACAAUUCUACUAAUUUAACAAUACCAAUCAGUAUAUCGGAAUCAGUCCCAGAGUCUUGGAAAGCAAACUGUUGGGCAUGGAUCCCAGCAGAGAAGGGUGAUGCAGACAAUGAUCUGUUCAUAUGGGAGAAAGAUUUUUAUAUGCAGUUCACAUCUACACUUUGUGGCAUUAUCAUAUUUAUAGCAUUAGCACACCUUUUGAUGACAAUGGCAACACCAUUUUCAAAACAGAAUAAAGUGCCCAUAUUACGGAUUUUGAAAGCCUUCACACUAGCAGACGUAAGCAUAUUGUUCACCCUGCCAAUGCUGGUUUGGGGUUCAGACACUUCCGCUGAUACCAGAACAUUCCAUUUUGUACUAGUCUAUGCAUAUAGUUUUGCAGUUUUUCUAAAUGUUUUUAGUGUGAUAUACAAGUGCCCUGUAGUAAUAACGAUGCUAAUUCUAAUAUUAAGUAAUAUCACAAAAUGCAUCACAAGUUUCCAUGCUACGGCCAUCUUGAAAAGGUUAUUUGGAUAUUGAGAGAAGAAAAAAUAAAUCAAAUUGGUCAUUUGAGUGAUUGUGAGUCUUCUCUGAAUUCGCUCGUAAUAAGGGAGCUACCGUUUUUUGGUGAUAUAACGAUAAUUUCUGUUGUCC